AUGAGUUCUCGAGGUCACGUUUAUGAACCAGCUCAAUGCGUAGUUGCGUUGAUCUUGAUUUUUUUUAAAAAAUAUUUUUAAUCUCAAAUUAUAGUGCGUAAAAGGGCACAAUUAACCUAAAACGUCUGAUAUAUGUUUACGUGAUUUAUUAUUCUUAAGAAGUUAAAGUGUGAGUAACGGAGGUGUCCACCAUGUGCCGAGUACCUGCGGACGUGUGGCUGUCGUGUUCGUAUGUAUAAAAUAUUGCGCACCCUUAUGUAUUUUAUGUUUGUGUCGUGAGCCCCACGUCGGUUCUUUAUUGACGAGGGCAAGGGGAGUCUCAGUGAAUCCGAGGUAACCCGAACGCGGCGUCAAAAGAGCCGGACUGUCGCCAUGGUAACUGGGCUCUGAACGGAGGGCAGUGGACGUUUGCCGAUUACAAUUGCACCAAAGCGUUAUAUUUAUAUUUUAUUGACGAGGAUUUAUUGUAAUUCGGGCAUUUUUGUGUGUGUGGUGACAAUGUUGGCGCGGAAACUAACGCUGCUACUCUGACGAAGUUGUCGCUAACCUUGCUAACGACGAGGGGCUUAGCUAACCUCAGCUAAGUGGAUGAAGCACGGCUAUGUCCGGUAGUCAGCUCCCGCCGGUGCGCCACCUGCCACAGUGGAGCCGAGUCGGGCGUCUCGGGGUGCCGUGCUCGCCUCGACGUUUACCGGCCAACCGAUUGCAGCCGCUGCCCGUCCCCCCCGCGGGGGAGCGAGAGGUGCCGAGGGCGACGACGGGGUCGGCCCACGGCGACGCCGACCCCCGCGUCGCCUCGCUGCAGAGGAAUAUCGAGUUCCUGCAGUACCAGCACAAAGAAACUCUGCAGAAACUUCACCAAGAAGUGGACUUUCUCAGAAGGGAGAACAAAGAGUUGAAGUAUAAGAUGAUUAUGGAAGCUCCCAAGCUAAGUAGAAAAGUUCUGAAACAUACCCAAGUGGGUGUUGGACCUGCUGUUCGGGGAAGAGAACCCCCACAGAACCAAAUGCUAAGAAGCAUGGGAGACUGUGUGGAGAUUCUUGGACCCGUCAGGCCAAAUCGCAAGUCAGAGCCGGUGGGGGGCCCGGUCAACUCACUGCAGCCCCUGCAAGUCCACAACGCUUCGUCUCAUCCGCCACGCGCGUCCACGCUGCGGGACUGUGAGCUUAUCAUCCGCCAACUGUACAAUACCAACAGUUUACAGUCUCAGGAAAUUGUACGCUACAAGGAGUUGCUGAGUGAUAUUGUGCUCAACAAGAGAAUCACCCCAGAAAACUACAAUUUGACCAAAGCCUACCUUGUGGAUGAUAUCUGCAAAUCCUCUGACAACACGUUUCCAAAACUGGAUCUGCAAACAGGAAAAAUGCCCGGCGUGACCUUGCCAGCGCUCUCGCAGAGCCUCAGCUCCUCUGUGGCAGAGCGCCAAAGGAGUCGUCGUGCUUUGCACAGAGGCCAUGUCAAGGCUACAGUGCGGUGAGAAGAUCCGGAUUAGCGGCCCCCUUCAGGACAGCCGUAGUCUUUUUAUUUGUUUUCACUGGAAAAGCUAAGUCACUCGCGACUGAAUGUAGUCUGGAAUUAUGUUUCCAGCAGCAGACUGUUUCAGGUAUUUAUGAUUCGUAGUGUUGGGAUGUCCCAAAGGAUUGCAUUCAUGGACAAAAGUGUUGGGACAUCAAACACUUACUCCGCUACGGUUUGGGCGAGCCAUUUUAGCGCUACUGUCAUACAAAUUUUCUGACUGACUGCCUUUAUUCGGAAACUGACUGACUUGAGCUUCAGACCUCAGGGCCACUUAAUCCAACGCUGGUGAGGGAUCAAAUGUUCUUCUGCAUAAAUGGACAAAAAUUCCUCAAUUUACACCAAAUUCUUGGGAGAAAGUCUGCCCAGAAGAGUGGAGCCUACUCCUACCCCCCCACCCCCCCUCAUGCCAGGUGUCCCAAUACUUCUGUCCACAUUCUGUACCUCUGCUAUUUUUAUGACAAGUAGCGUCUCAAAUCCAUCUCUAUGGCCGAACUUGUGAAGUUGUGUUUUUAUUAAAGAUGUGUUUUUCCGA